AUGAUGGGCCAAGGGUCCAAGUCCAAUUCGAACUCUAGCAUCCUUUCUUCUUCUUUCCCUCCAAAAGACGAGAGUUGCAAAACCAAAAAUGAAAUGGAGCCAUGGGAAGCAUUGGAUGUAGACGAUUCUGGCCUUCCCUCUCUCCUCCGCCCCUGUAAACGCCAAUUCCGCAACCACCCACCGCCGUCUACUUCCAUCGCAAACCCUUUUCCUCAGUCGCCUGUUUCGCUUUCCUCACAGCAAGAAGACCUUCAUACCUCUAUUCAACAACGACCACAGCCUUCUACUUCUAAGCGCAUUUCACAGAUCCCGGGUCCUGCGGGAGUCGUGCAGGCCGCAAUGCUUCGCAAAUCUAUGGGCCAAAGUAAUCGGAAUUUUGUGCCCUCGCGAGAUAAUCAAAUGGACGGUGAUAAUGAUAGUAAUAAUGGUAUUCCUACACAGGAGUACAUACGGAGGGCUAUGGAAGAUAAUUCGGAAUUCGAUGAAGAUUUCACCAGAAACCCUUGGUUUUGCGCCCUGGAAUAUCUGGGCACUUUAAAUGGUGUCAUUCCAUGUACAUCAGUAAGCUCUAUAAAGAAAUGCUUGGAUGUUGGCAAGGUUGAUAAGGUUGUGGCUGUCAUCAAGUCAUGCACGCCUAAUGGUCUUGGGGGUCUGAUAGUGACCUUGAAGGAUCCUACUGGUACAAUUGGUGCCAGCAUACAUCAAAAAGUCCUCACUGAGAGUGAGUAUGGAAAGGACUUGACAAUUGGUGCAGCGUUAAUACUUCAAAAGGUUUCGAUUUUUAAGCCUUUGCGAUCUGCACAUUAUCUCAAUAUAACACUGAGGAAUUUGAUAAAGGUAUUUGGCAAGGAAAAUGGUCCCCCAUCUGAACAGAAGUAUUCUGCAUAUUCUUUUCAAUUUGCUGAUCCUGGCAUUGACUACUGUGGAAAAGCCAGCACAACGGAGAAGAUGUCCACUUUGAAAAAUAGAAGAGUGGAGAACUCCCCCGUUGAGUCUCGACAAUUCACCCAAAGAAGAGAAGAUUUAAUGCAUAAGAAUAAUAAGGAGAAAGAAAAUAUGUUAUCGGGGAGUUUCCACUACAGCAACAGAACUAGCAUAAACCUAAAUGCGGCCGUGAAGAAAGGUGCCCUGGAAAAAGUGGCCGAAGAUGCAACCAGAACAAGAACGCAGGAUCAUCACCACGAGUUCUCAACUGUUAAUGACGAAAGGGCGAACGAGAGUAAUGCACAAGGCAGCCUCAUAAACAAUAGCCCUGUUUCAAACUUAGAAGUCCAGAGCACCAACGGAGUUGAGAUAGCAAAACAGCAACUUAUGGUGAAACAGUCCCUUCCACAGUGGACAGAUGCACAACUAGACGAGCUUUUUGCUACUGAUGACGAUGAUGGCUUUUUAUUCUGACACAGAUUUUCUUAUCUGUCAUUUUUGCUACAUGUUGAAGGGACGUUGGGACAUAUUUUGCAGAACUAAAAUGUAAUAUAUCACUUUUCUCUCUUAACAAAUAAGCAAACUCGAAAGCCUUAAAGCAGAAGAAAGGAAGAACCCCAACAUUGUCUGAUUGUAAAGAUAAACUUAAAUGCAGUAACCAAAUGGAUGGUCAGCGCUCUUUGGAUCUCAAUGGCUUCCGAUGAGAUUAUUGAGCUGAUCAUUGUUCUAAAUCUGUUUGUGUAUGUCGCACUCUUGAUGCAUGCAUAUUUAGGUGUAAAAUUGGGACACGUCGAGUGUUCA